AUGCCCUCAUCCUCCUCGUCCCGCCGUCGUCGAGGCAGGAGCGGCGGACGGCACGCCGCGGAUGAGACGGAGACGAGGAACUGGGCGGAGCUGCCGCUGGACGCGAUCUUGACCAUCCUCCACAAGCUCGACCACGUCGACAUCCUUAUGGGGCCCGGCCAGGUGUGCCGCUCCUGGCGCGGCGCCGCCCGCGAUGAGCCGGAGCUGUGGCGCCGCAUCAACAUGCUGGGCCACGCCGACCUCGAGAACGAGCUCAACCUCCACGGAAUGGCCCAGGCCGCCGUCCGCCGCAGCGCGGGGAGGUGCGAGGCGUUCUGGGGCGAGUACGCCCGUGACCACGACUUCCUCUUCUAUCUCGCCGACCAGGCACCAUCUCUUAAGAGUCUUCGCCUCAUUUCUUGCUAUGAUAGACUUACAGAGGCGAUAAUGAAGUUCCAUUUGCUUGAGGAGCUCGAGCUUUCACUCUGUCCAAAUGUGAAUGACAGUGGUGUCUUUGGGGUUAUCGGCAAAGCAUGCCCACAACUGAAGCGCUUCAGACUGAGCAAGGAUGUGUUCUGUGAUUUUGAAGCUAGUGUCUAUGGAAAGGACGAGGAAGCCUUGGGGAUUGCGACUAUGCACGAGCUACGCUCUUUGCAGCUGUUUGGCAAUAUCCUCACCAACAAAGGACUGACAGCCAUCCUGGACAAUUGCCGCCAUCUGGAGUCCCUUGACAUCGGCCACUGUUUCAACGUCACCAUGGAUGACGCCCUGCGUGCAAAGUGUGCCAGGAUAAGCACACUGAUGCUUCCGAAUGACUCAACCGAUGACUAUGACUUGGUUGUUAAGAGCCCUAUUCGUGCGGAUUCAGAGUCCUUUCUGCAUGAUUAUAUGGGAUCCUGUUCUGACUACGAGCUUGGCUCGGAAGAUUACGGCGACUACUGCGAUCUUUCCCGCUACCUUGAUGGUGUGUACGAGGAUGAGGACGAGCUUGACGAAGAAGGUAAGAUGAUUCUCGGUGGCAUGCGCAUGUUUAUGAAGUAAACUCCAUGGCGAUGUUGGAUCGAAGUGACUGGAUGUUCCACCUUUCUUUUGCCGAAGCAUCUGGACUAAACCAGGCAUGGCCUGUACUUUGCCGCUUCUGCCAGUGGCAUGGAUCCGCUUCUGCGUCGACUUCCCCUAGAAUAUCGUAGACCCUGUUUCGUGCUCUGUAGUGUAGUGUAAAAAACUGCUCUUAUAUUAUGAGACGGAGGGAGUAGUUACUAGUGAAGCGUGUGGUGUGUUAGUAGUCCUUUACCUUUGCAGUUUAGUUAGACGUCGCUGUGAAAUAUGCUCUGCGGUAAGUACUGGUUUGCUUAGUUGUUGUAAUGAAGAACUCAGCCUGUUUUAUCGGUGCC